AUGAGGGUGCCACCGCUAACGAUAUGCGAAAAAGCUGUUAUUUUGGAAGCUUUAAGAAGUGGGAAGCGGUUCGAUUUCCGAAGCUUGGAAGAGUUUCGCGAUGUUAAACUCGUUGUUGGAUCAGAAGUGGGAACCGCGAUUUGCACAAUUGGAAACACGAAAGUGAUGGCUGCAGUUAGUGCUCAAAUUGCUGAACCAUCGUCAAUGCGUCCAAAUAAAGGAGUUAUUAAUAUCGAUGUUGACUUGAGCCCGAUGGCGAACGUCGCUAACGAGCACGACCGUCUUGGAAGCAAAGGUAUGGAGUUGAUUCGAUUGCUGGAACUCAUUAUCCGAGAUUCAAGAUGUAUUGAUGUUGAAUCUCUUUGCAUUCGUGCUGGAUCGGAAAUCUGGAAAGUUCGUGUUGAUGUUCGCAUUCUGGAUGAAGACGGCAGUCUUCUCGAUUGUGCUUGUCUCGCAGCAAUCACAGCACUACAACAUUUCAAGAGGCCAAAUGUGUCAUUGGAAGCUCAUCACACUCUCAUCUACUCUGAAUAUGAGAAAGCCCCCGUUCCCCUGAACAUCUACCAUAUGCCGAUUUGUACAACUAUAGGGUUGCUUGAUAAAGGGCAAAUGGUUGUGAUUGAUCCAACUGAAAAAGAAGCGGCAUGUCUCGAUGGUUCAAUAGUUGUAGCAUGUAACAAACGUCGGGAAGUAUGUGCUCUCCAUCAAAGCACAAAUCUCGUGUUGACGACGAAGCAGAUCGAGCGAUGUGUGAAGCUGGCAAUGGCUCGAGCUGAGGCUCUCACAGCAGUCGUCAGUUCUAUCAUCAAGGAAGAUCGCCAGGAGAGAAGUGCUUUCAAGCGCCCCGAUGGUUUUGCCAUUACCACUCCUUCACUCAUUCUCACUACGGGAACAGCAGCUUCUCGUCAGAUAAAGGCUCCAGUAACCAAAAGAGAGCCAGAAUCUUCGCAAAGAAGCCUUUAUCAACCAAGUGUGAUUAUCAAUGAAAAUCCUUUGAGUGUCGGAUCAGUUAAACAAGAAGAAGUAGACGAGGACGAACUGCUCGCUGAACAACUCACUACUAUCCAGAACAGUGUUGGUCAAGUGGCGGUUACUGACAAUCAAAAUACCGUUAUGUCUAAUCGAAAACGUGAAGUAGAAGAGGUGAACAAUCUUCUGGAAGGGUUGGACGAUAGCGAAGAAGAGGAAGAGAUUCAAACAAUGACAUUAGGUCCCUCAGAACCAGUAGUAAAUACAAAAAUGGUUGUGGAAGAAGAAGCACCUCCGAUUGGUCUGGUGAAGAGAAAAAAGAAGAAGUAG